CAAAAAAGAAGAAAACCUUGCACACACCUAAAAAUGACGUCGUCUCUCUCUCGUCUUCUCCUUCGUGGCACCAUCAGUCUCAGCAGCCCCACGAACGGCCGCUUUUUCUCCGCCGUUACCGCUGCUGCAACCAAAACCUCGCAACGAAGACCGUCCCUCAUCGACCUCGUAAAUGACGAAAGCGACCCCAAAUACAUCACGGAGAAGUUCAAGAAAGCCUGCGAAGCGGAAUGGUUCCGGAAGAAUAUAGGCGUCUAUGAGAGAACCGUUCGCCGUCUAGCCGCAGCCAAGAAGUUUGAGUGGAUCGAGGAGAUCCUGGAGGAGCAGAAUAAGUACCCAAACAUGUCAAAGGAAGGAUUCGUGGCGAGGAUCAUCAACCUCUACGGACGAGUCGGUAUGUUUGAGAAGGCGCAAAAGGUGUUCGACGAAAUGCCUGAGAGAAACUGCAAGAGAUCAGUGUUGUCUUUCAACGCUUUGCUUAACGCCUGUGUGAACUGCAAGAAGUUUGAUUUGGUUGAAGGUCUCUUCAAGGAUUUGCCAGGUAAAAUCUCGAUCGAACCAGAUAUUGCGUCUUACAAUACUUUGGUCAAGGGAUUGUGUGGAAAGGGUUCUUUAACCGAAGCUAUUGCGUUGAUCGACGAGAUUGAGAACAAGGGUCUGGAACCUGAUCAUUUCACCUACAACUUACUCUUACAUGAGACGUAUACAAAAGGGCACUUUGAGCAAGGAGAAGAGAUAUGGGCUAGAAUGGUAGAGAAGAAUGUUGCUAGAAGCAUCCGUAGUUACAAUGCUCGGUUGUUAGGAUUAGCCUUGGAAAUGAAAUCGAAAGAGAUGGUUGAUCUCUUUGAGGAAUAUGAGGUUAAUGGGAUCGAACCGGAUGUGUUCACAUUCACUGCUCUGAUUAGAGGAUGUGCCAGUGAAGGAAAAGUGGAGGAAGCCAAAGCCUGGUACAAGGAAAUCCAGAAUAAAGGUUUUCGCCCGAUGAAAUUUAUCUUUACAACAUUGCUUCCUGCGAUGUGUAAGGCAGGCGAUCUAGAGUCUGCUUAUGAGCUAUGCAAGGAGGUAUUCACUAAGCGUCUGCUUGUCGAUGAGGCCGUCGUGCAGGAGGUAGUUGAUGAACUUGUGAAAGGAUCUAAGCAAAAAGAAGCUGAGGAGAUUGUUGAACUGGCGAUGAAGAAUGACUAUUUACAGUUCAAGCUACGUCUCUCAUCCGAGUAGUAGUUUCAUUUUGCGACUUUUGUUCUCUUUAAUUAGUGUCUUGUUGCACCUGUCGUGAUUGAAUUACUGAACUAUCUGUAGUUUUGUCUUUUGUCUUCGUGUGGCUGGCUUUAUGAGAAGUUUCAUUUUCCUUGAAAG